AUGGACGCCACAGUACGCCUCUGGGUCCAUGUAUAUGAUAUCAAAUGCUUAGCACUAAAAGACGUGAGCUAUUCCCGCAGUUCGAUGAGUAAGGCUGAAGGAGGGGAGUUCUGGAAGGGCGAAUUCCUUGCAUGGAGUUUCUGUCACGAUCCCGAAUUAACAGUUGAGCCAAGAUCCUCCUUUGUGUAUUGUUCCUUGCUGGAUGCACCUUACUUGAUCGCAACGCCUAAGUAUGAGCCUGCCAGGUGUGCAGAGCCAAGAGCGACUGCCAACCUGAAAAGGGCGGACCGCCGUAGUCAGACAUGUAACGCCGCCGCUCACCAGAGUGGAGGGGCAAUUGAGACAGGCAGACAUAUUCCAGAGAAUCUGGAUAAAGAUUUCAAGUCGGUGAUAUGCCACUGUCUCGGUAGGACGAUCAGACGGGAAGAGAUGGCUGGUGACAUGGGAUUUGCGACAGCACAUCCUGGUCGACAAGUCAUCGCAACGGUGACAGAUGGUCCAUGGAAAGGAAGCCAACCAGAAAGGCCAAGAUACGGUAACGAGGGUAAUUCUAUUUCCAGUCGAGCUGGUGCUGAAUUUACUUUUCCCGCUGCUUUGAACUUGGAAUUGACUUCCAGGAGAGAGAGAGACGGGAGGAUGAAAGGUGAAAGAGAAAAAAAGGAAAGUUCCAUGGGAAGAGGAUCUCCGGACAGUGAACGGGCAAAUAUCAGGGAAAGUUUCCAGGCAUCCGGUGAUCGUCUAGAUUCUUCUGGCCGAGUGGCUCUUGAGUAUAACGCCAUCGUCCAACCCGAGCUGAUAGGACGAGUUGCAAUUGCCCAUCCAUCGGUUCGAACAAGCGUUCCCCUCUUCAUUGCGUGGCGCCUGUCGUCAAUACCACCAGCCCGUACAAGUCAAAAGGCCUCAAUGGCCCUCCCCGAUUCCUUCUAG